CGGGCUGUGCGGAGGCCGCGGCGCAGGGGCAAGCGGAGCCGGCGGCAGCGGCGCUCUGUCGCGAGACGCAGCGGCGAGGCGGACCCGCCAGCGGACUCACCCGCCACGGGUCUCGCGCUGGAAUUUGAUAUUCAUUUAUCGGGGGUUUAUUCCCCUCCUUUUUUCUUAAACAUUUUUUAAAAACUGUAUUGCUUCCCUUUUUAAUUUAUUUUUGCUUCCUAUUCUCCACUUAAAUCGGGCCGACCGUUUGGGGAAGAUUGCUUCUUUACUCCCCCAGAUCACUUUGGAUUUUGGAAACCAGCAGAGAGGAAAGAGGUAGCAAGAGCUCCUGAGAGAAGUCGAGGAAGAGAGAGAGAGACGGGGUCAGAGAGAGCGCACGGGAGAACGAGCAGCCAGGGGGACGGGGCAAAGUGAGUGACCUGCUUUUGGGGGUGACCGUCGGAGCGCAGCGUGAGCCCUCCCCCUCGGGAUCCCGCAAGCGACCAGCGGCGCUGACGGACAGACAGACAGACACCGCCCCCAGCCCCAGCGCCCACCUCCUCCCCGGCCGGCGGCCGACGGUGGACGCGGCAGCGAGCCGCGGGCAGGAGCCGGAGCCCGCGCCCGGAGGCGGCGUGGAGGGGAUCGGGGCUCGCGGCGUUGCGCUGAAACUUUUCGUCCAACUUCUGGGCUGUUCUCGCUCCGGAGCAGACGUGGUCCGCGCCAGGGGAGCCGAGCUGAGCGGAGCGGAGAGAAGUGCUAGCUCGGGCCGGGAGGAACCGCAGCCGGAGGAGGGGGAGGAGGAAGAAGAGAAGGAAGAGGAGAGGGGCCCGCGGUGGCGACUCGGCGCUCGGAAGCCGGGCUCAUGGACCGGUGAGGCGGCGGUGUGCGCAGACAGUGCUUCAGCCGCGCGCGCGCCCCAGGCCCUGGCCCGGGCCUCGGCUCCUGGAGGAAGAGGAGCCCGCCAACGCUCCGAGGAGAGCGGGCCGUCCCGCAGCCCCAGCCGGAGAGGGAGCGCAAGCCGCGCCGGCCCGAGUCCGGCCUCCGAAACCAUGAACUUUUUCCUCUCUUGGGUGCAUUGGAGCCUUGCCUUGCUGCUCUACUUCCACCAUGCCAAGUGGUCCCAGGCUGCACCCACGACAGAAGGAGAGCGCACUACCCAUAGUGAAGUGGUGAAGUUCAUGGACGUCUACCAGCGCAGCUACUGCCAUCCACUUGAGAUCCUGGUGGACAUCUUCCAGGAAUACCCGGAAGAGAUCGAGUUCAUCUUCAAGCCGUCCUGUGUACCCGUGACACGAUGUGGGGGUUGCUGCAAUGAUGAGGGCCUGGAGUGUGUGCCCACCGAGGAGUACAACAUCACCAUGCAGAUUAUGCGGAUCAAACCUCACCAAGGCCAGCACAUAGGAGAGAUGAGCUUCCUACAGCAUAAGAAAUGUGAAUGCAGACCAAAGAAAGAUAGAGCAAAGCAAGAAAAAAAAUCAGUUCGAGGAAAGGGAAAGGGGCAAAAACGAAAGCGCAAGAAAUCCCGGUAUAAAUCCUGGAGCGUUCCCUGUGGGCCUUGCUCAGAGCGGAGAAAGCAUUUGUUUGUACAAGAUCCGCAGACGUGUAAAUGUUCCUGCAAAAACACAGACUCGCGUUGCAAGGCGAGGCAGCUUGAGUUAAACGAACGUACUUGCAGAUGUGACAAGCCGAGGCGGUGAGCCGGGCCGGAGGAAGGAGCCUCCCUCAGGGUUUCGGGAACCAGACCUCUCACCAGGAAAGACCGACACAGAAGCCACGCUGCCGCCACCACACCACCGUCACCAUCGACAGAACAGUCCUUAGACCAGAAACCUGAAAUGAAGGAAGAGGAGACUCUGCGCAGAGCACUUUGGGUCCGGAGGGCGAGACUCCGGCAGAAGCAUUCCCGGGCGGGUGACCAAGCACGGUCCCUCUUGGAAUUGGAUUCGCCAUUUCGUUUUUCUUGCUGCUAAAUCACCGAGCCCGGAAGAUUAGAGAGUUUUAUUUCUGGGAUUCCUGUAGACACACCCACCCACAUACAUACGUUU